UACCAUCGCUAAAUACAACUCUGAAGCAUAAAACCGAUAUAUUCUGCUGGCAGAAUAAUAAAUAAUAUUUUUUACAAGAUAUUUUAGCUUAAUUAUGUCUAAGAUCCCUCAAUCAAGGGUCACGUUUAAAGAAAAUUUUAACAUUGUUAUAAAGUGUCCGUGUUCAGGAAGUGGACAUUUAGUAAGAAGAAAUGAGAGGCCUGUAUUGGCUAAUAUACAAGGGGAAGCUAUUAGAAAUCAGCAUUUGUCAGUACAGAACCAUGCCACCAGAAGAAAAUCAGACUCAUGCUACUCAAAAAUAAGUCCCUCGGCGAAUGUCUGCUUCUUACAAAGAGCUGAAUCUACAAUCUCCCUAUCCUCUACUCGAAAAAUUCCAACCAUAAAAGAACCUACAAAAACAGCUAUACCACAAUACUCUAGAACUCAAAGGCAUUUGCCUACCAGAUCCUCCUCCAUAAGCUCCUAUGAUAGCGUCUAUAAUCAGCAUCAGAAUAGUCAUGCUAAAAUUGCAACUGAAACAUCAACUAUAAAAAGAAAGCAAGUUGCGAAUUGUUGUUCGACCACUAGUAACAUACCAAUAGCUGCGUCUACAUUUUUACAAUCAGCAAAACAAUCUGCUAGUUCAGAAACAUCUUUAGUACGAACAAACAACAGAUGUCCCGCUGGAACGAAUCACGAAGCAAGAAAUUUAACUUCUCAGCCCAGUGGAGUUAGUUCAGGAUCUGCAUUACGAGCAGGAUCCAUAAAUUCUACUGUAGAAAAGACAUUAAAGCCCUGUUGUUCUUCAGAAGCAUCUGCUGUUUCUCAAAGAGGCUGUAGCUCCACUAGUCAAAAAAGAAAUGGAACGUUGCCACCUCAACAUUUCGUUACUUUAACUCAAGAUAGUUUAAAUCCCACUGCGUACUCAGAAAUAGAUUCUUUAGUAGUAGGAAAAGUGACCAUGGUCAGGAAUAGUUCUUUUAUACCUGUUGAUAUUACCCCAAAUUUUGUUGAUGGGAAGAAAUAUUUUAAGGCUAUUGAUCAAGGAAAAUGUGCUUCAACAAAAACGGUAUCUGUGGUACCCCCAAUUGAUGUAGUAUUUCCAGUCAGAAGAAGUAACAUUAUAUCUGACAGUUUUAGUGAAAACGAUGGAACUAGGAGACCUGCCGUUAAAAUGUCACUUAGAGCACAAAAUAAGAUUAAUUUUUUUCCAGAAAACCAAGCAGUAUUUCCGCUUCUAUACUCUCCUCAAUACAUAGAGGACAUAAUUGCCUAUAGUGACUCCAAUAAGUUUAGGUUUCUAAUACAAAAGAAUAUGAUGGAAGCCUACAUGCAUAAGAGACAACGUAAUGUGGUUGCUAACUGGUUGCUUCAACUGUGUGAUUUCGCAGUGCCUCAAUUUUCCCCAAUUUACUACAUGUCAGUCAGACUGUUCGAUUACUCGAUUAUACGUUUAAAAAUUAGAAGCAACUAUUAUCAACUGGUUGCUGCUGCGUCAUUUUGGAUUGCCGUAAAAUAUCUACAUCAAGACAAAAUACUAAAGGUUUCAAAAUUACAAGCAUUUUGCAAAGGGCAUUGCACUAAAGGUGAAAUUUAUUCUAUGGAGAAGAAGAUUUUAGGAGCAGCGUGUUUCUGUUUAAACAUGGCCGACCCUUUGGACUUUUUGUAUUAUUUUUUGAAAAUGGCAAACUUGGAGACUGUAGAGUUGCUGCUAUACGGAAGUGAAUAUAUUCUACAAUGUGCUACUUUAUUCGAAACUUACUGUACAACUGAGUGCCGUUUCAUAGCAGCAUGUUCGGUGUACUUUGCUCUAACUCAUUGCUGUCCUGAUGUAAUGGAAAGUUUAUAUCAGCAUUUAUUAAAUGUCUUACGCUACAGUGUAUCGCACAUGGAGCAAUUCAUUGAGGAGGUAUUGAAAAGGAAUUUAAGGAUAGUCAUUACAGAUAAAUUAGCCGUCUACGAGCAUUUUAUGAGAGCUGAAAGGUUGUAUGUUGCCAAGUUUUUUAAGAAUUUGUGAGUGAACUUUAAUUGAUUGUUUUUUAUAUAAGUUUGUUGUUUUUUUGUUUAUAUUCACUUGUUUAUGAGACUAUAAUGUUUUAAAUAUUCUGUAUUUUUAAUUUAAGACCUAGAAGUUAAAAGUUGAAAAUAUUCUCACUGAUUACACAUUUUUUAUACAUUUCCUUUAGAAUACAUUAAUUGACUAUA